AUGGCUCACAGAUUACAAAGUCUCCGAAAAGACACUGAAGUUCCUGACCGCACUACAAAUCUUCUGAAAGGGCCACGGUCGCACGGAAGCUCUGCCUGGAACUGCUCAAGUGUUAGCUUACCAUCAAAACAAACCCUCUGUCAUGCGACGAUUUACACCAACGACUGGGCGAUAAGAAUAAGAGGCGACCUUGAGUCCGUGAACAGAAUAGCAGAGAAAUAUGGAUUUACAAACACGGGUCAGAUUGGAGACCUGAAGGGCUAUUACAGUUUUCGCCACCACGAGACAACGAAUCGGUCCACUGUGUCCAAAAAAGAGGUGACUGUCAGCGUCGCCAAGGACACCAAGGUGGAAUGGCUCCAGCAGCAGGUGGUCCAGAGAAGAGAAAAGAGGAACUCCAGAGCAGGCGACAUCUUGGCAGACGUGAAAACCAAACACCUCCCCGCUGCCGAUGCUCAGUCCAUCCACGCCCAAACACUGCGCUUCAAUGACCCAGUGUGGGACAGCCUGUGGUACAUUCACUGCAGUGGUGAGUCCAAAGGCUGCCUGUCCCGAAUGAACAUCGCGGCGGCCUGGAUGAGAGGGUAUACAGGGAAGGGUGUGGUGGUGUCUGUCCUAGAUGAUGGCAUUGAGAGAGAGCAUCCGGAUCUGAAGCCAAAUUAUGAUCCGCUCGCCAGCUAUGAUGUGAACGGACAGGACCAAGAUCCUUCUCCGAAUUAUUCAGGCAAUGCUGAUAACAACCAUGGGACUCAGUGUGCGGGGAUGGUUGUUGCCGCUGCAAAUAACUCUCAGUGCACGGUUGGAGUCUCUUUCCAUGCACGGCUAGGUGGCAUCCGCAUGCUGGAUGGAGAUGUGACGGACAUCACAGAGGCCCAAUCACUGAGCUUCAGACCACAGUAUAUUGAUAUUUAUUUGGUUAGCUGGGGGCCAGAAGAUGACGGGGCCACUUUGGAGGGACCUGGGCCUCUGACUCAUCUUGCUUUACAGAAUGGCAUUAAAACAGGCCGACAUGGGAGGGGCUCUGUUUUUGUCUGGGCUUCCGGGAACGGGGGGCAAAAAGGUGACCACUGUUCCUGCGACGGCUACAGCAACAGUAUCUACACUAUCUCUGUCAGUAGCAGCACCUGGCGUGGAAACGCGCCAGAUUACCUGGAGCGGUGCACCUCCACGCUGACGACAGCUUAUACCGCCGGGGAGACGGAGGAGAUGGUGACAUUGGGUCCACAGCAGAGCUGUAGCUGGGCUCCGUCAGGGACGUCCCUCUCCUCCUCCAUGGCUGCAGGCGUCAUCGCUCUCACUUUGGACGCCAACCCCUUGCUAACCUGGAGGGAUGUGCAGCACAUCAUUGUCCGAACAUCGAAAGCUCGUCAUCUUAUUGCUCCUGACUGGCGCGUUAAUGGAGCCGGAUACGAAGUGAGCCACCUGUAUGGCUUUGGCCUGUUGGAUGCCGAGGGCAUGGUGAAGGAGGCUGAGCGAUGGAAACAAGUUCCCUCGCAGCAUGAGUGUGUGGAGGAGGCUCCCAUCCAGCCGAGCAGAGCUAUUCAUCCUGGCUCGGCGUUGACGUCUGUUUAUGAGACUACAGGCUGCUCUACCGAACCCCGGCAGCACGUUGUUUAUGUGGAGCAUGUCGUUGUGCGUGUUACCAUCGCUCACAGUCGUCGCGGCGACCUUUCUAUUACGCUCACAUCACCUUCAGGCACCGUGUCGCAGCUGCUCGCUAACAGGCCUCUUGACAACUCCACGGAGGGAUUUCAGAAGUGGGAAUUGAUGACGACCCAUUGCUGGGGGGAGCAGGCAGCGGGGGAAUGGACUUUGAAAAUCACGGAUACUCCCUCUCAGAGGAGAGACGACACUGAACUAGGGAUGCUAAAGGAGUGGUCCCUGGUGAUUUAUGGCACCGCAGAGCAGCCGUACCCUGCGCAUCGUGAGCGAGCCCGAUCAGCUGAGAUGCUGACGGACGGUGACCUCGCUGAAGAAUACAGUGGACCCUGCGACCCAGAAUGCAGUGACGACGGUUGUGAGGGGCCCAGCCCGCAGCAGUGUGUCACGUGCUUACACUUUUUCCUCAAGUUCAAGAACAACACAAGGAUGUGUGUGUCGGAGUGUCCCAGGGGAUUCUGGGGCGACCGCCGGCGUUGUAAGAGGUGCUACUCCUCCUGUGACAGCUGCACCGGGAGCCGCAGCGACCAGUGCACUUCCUGUCAAUCUGGUCAUCACCUGACUGAGGGCACCAGCACCUGCACAGCCAUUUGUGGGGAUAACUACUACCUCGACCACGAUGCAAACAUGUGCAGGAAGUGUAGUGAAAACUGCUUGAAGUGUUCCUCCUACAGCAUCUGCACAGAGUGCAGCCCCGACACAAGUCUGCAGGGGAAUCGGUGCCAGCGGAGCUGCGCCGCCGGUUUCUACCACGACAAGCAGGGAGGAGCGUGCGAGCCCUGUCACAGGGCCUGUGCCACCUGUGCAGGUGCAGGUGUCGAGGCAUGCAAACAAUGUGCAGAGGGCUACUUGCUGGAGGAGUGGAAGUGUGUGUCCUCCUGCAGCGCCAGCUUCUACAACACAGAGCCAAAUCUAGAGAUAGCUGAUGGACACAGGAUAUGUAGGAGGUGUGACCCCAGCUGUCUCACCUGUGUGGGGCCGAGCCGGGGGAACUGCAGCGGCUGCUCCAGCGGUCACAGCCUGCAGGAGGGAGUGUGUGUCGUCAACACCGUGUGCACAGACGGAGAGUACCAGGACAGUGACGGGAAGUGCCGUGCGUGCGAUGCAACGUGUCUGAAGUGCACAGGGCCGCAGAGCGGGGACUGCCUCAGCUGUGUUUCAUCACGGGCUCUGGAUGGGGGCCUCUGUGUGGUGGAGUGUGCCAAGGGCAAGUACCGGUCAGGCGGCCGCUGUCACCUGUGUGACCACACCUGUGCCACCUGUGUGGAUGCCGCGCUUGCCAGCUGUACCAGCUGUGACACUGACAAGUUUGGAAUGGAGCGUUACCUGUUUAAAGGUCGGUGUCUGGACGCCUGCCCCGAGGCCUUCUACCACACCAAGGAGAGGAGCUGCGAGCCGUGCUCGGACCACUGUCGGCUCUGCACCAGCCCCAGCCACUGCCUCAAGUGUAACUCCUCCUACUACGUCUCUGAUGGAGCCUGUGUGAAGCUGGAGUGUGGAGAAGGGGAGGUGGAGGAUCCAGAUUACGACGGCUGCAUGGCCUGCGAGGAGGGCUGCAGCAAGUGUGUCUUGUAUAACCCCAGGCAUUGUCUCUCCUGCACUGAGGGCUUUUACAAUUUCCAGGAUGGCUGCUACAAAAACUGCCCAGCUAAGACGUACAGCGUGGAGGAGGAGAUGACCUGCGUCCCGUGCGAUGACAGCUGUGUGAGCUGUGAUGAACACGAGUGUUACUGGUGUGAGACCGACCUCUUCUUAUCAGAGGGGAGGUGCGUUUCAGAGUGUCCCGGCGGUUUCUAUGGCGACGAAGACACCAAUGACUGUGAGGAGUGUCACUCAGACUGUGUGACAUGUAUCGGCCCGGGGGACAACGACUGUCUGUCAUGCGAGGCGGGGACGACGCUGGAAAAUGGAGAGUGUGUCUCUGACCACGAGGUCUGUCCCAUCAAGACCUUUCUCACCGAUGAUGGAGAGUGUGAGGACUGCCACCCAUCCUGUGAGUCCUGCUCUGGAGAGGAGAAGAACCAAUGUACAAAAUGUGCAAAAGGGCAGUUUUUGACCACGCAGCAAACAUGUGUGUCAAAGUGUCCGGGGGGUUCCUUUGCCGCUCGGCUGAGUGGUGUGUGUGAGGCGUGCCCUCGAGGCUGCUCGCAGUGUGUGGAUGCUCAACACUGCACCCGCUGUCAGAGCACUCGCAAAGCUCAGUUAUUCCUGCAGGACGGACAGUGUGUCCAACAGUGUGUCAGGGGUUAUCCCGCAGGCCAGGUGUGUCGUGGCUGCGCGGCCGGCUGUGCGUCCUGUGGGAGGAACGCCACUCACUGUCUCGAAUGUGAAGAACCUCUCGUCCUACACAGGCACCAGUGUUUGGAGGACUGUCCUCCUGCGCACGCCGUCCGGGACGGGGAGUGCCAACGCUGCCCCCCAGCCUGUCAGGACUGCAGCCCGCUCGGACACUGCACAGGCUGUGAGGAGUAUCAGUUCCUCCACGAGGGCCUGUGUGUGCGAGACUGUCCGGAGAGGUUCUUUGAGGACAAAGAGCGCGGGGAGUGUUCGCACUGCCACCCCGACUGCACUUUGUGUGACGGGCCGAGCAGCAAUGACUGUGACGCCUGUACGGACUCCGAGGCCACCCUGCACAACGGGGCCUGUCUGGCAGCCUGCUCCUCCCACACCUACAGGGACACCGUGACAGCAGAAUGCAAAGACUGCGAUGCAUCUUGUCUCGCCUGCUUGGGGCCCCACGCCGGCUCCUGCACCAGCUGCAGAGAGGGUCAGAGGCUGGAGGGCCACGGCCAUUGUGUGCCAUCGGCCAACAAGUGCUCGCCCCACCAGUACGAAGACCAGGAUGGCGAAUGCCACCCGUGUCACAAAUACUGCCACAGGUGCUCAGGUCCCCGAAAAACCCAGUGCGUGAGCUGCAACCAGGGGCAUCUCCUGCUCAACGGCACCUGUGUUGAUGAAUGCCCACCAGGCUACCAUGUGGACGAGUCGGGGCAGAGAUGUGAGCCGUGCCACCCUUCCUGUGACGCCUGCGUCGGAAAGCACAGCCACGAGUGCCUCGCUUGCAAAGUCCACCUAUUUCGAGAGGGCAAAGAGUGUGUGAAGACCUGCCAGCACAGUCACUAUGGAAACACGGGCUCAAGGAUGUGUGAGGAUUGCGACCCGAGUUGCGGCGAGUGCAACGGGGGCAGGGAGGACAGCUGCCUGAGCUGUGCCCCGGGGCUCGUCUACAUGCGGAGGGAAGGCCGGUGCCUCCCGUCAUGCCCCCGGGGAUACUACCACGACGCUGCGCACCGGACCUGCGAGCCCUGCCACGCCAGCUGCAGAGCCUGCUCAGGAAAGGAUUCCCAGUCCUGUGACUCGUGCUACACUGGAUACCUGCUCUCUGAUGGAACAUGCGAGUCCCUGUGCGACAUUGGCCAGUAUCCAGUUAUAAAGGGCUCAGGCCACGCUUGUGACGAGUGUGACAGCUCCUGUCUGGAGUGCCAGGGGCCAGGUCCAACCAACUGCACCGUGUGCCCUGCUCAGGCCAUCUUAGAAGCCGGAGGGCGCUGUCUGCUCUGUUGCCUCCACAAUGAGGAGGAGGAGGCCACAACACAGCAGCAGGACUGUUGUAACUGCACCGAGACCCGAGGAGAGUGCGUCCUCAGCACCAACUUGGCGUUCACGAAUGAGGAAGAGGAGGUGGCCAGAGGUAACCUGACAGUCUUCAUCAUCGCCUGCAUCCUGCUGGUGCUGGCGCUGGUGGCCGUCGUCUUCAUCAUCAGACACACCCGCUCCAAGAGGGCGCCCCCGGACAUCCCCCCUCGUGGCUAUGAGAAGCUGGGCUCUGGCGGGGGGUACGGAGGCGGCGGUGGCACACAUGGAGGCUACAGCUCUGCGUCUCACAGCGGCCGCGCCAGCUCCUCCGGCGGUCGCUUCCAGGAGUCUCAGUUAGUGGACGUCGGGGAGCAUCGCUCACGGAGCAAGGAUGAUGAUGAUGACGAUGAUGAGGACAUUGUUUACAUGGGCCAGGACGGCACUGUGUACAGGAAGUUCCGGUAUGGACAAUUAGGAGAGGACAACGAGGACGAGCUGGAGUACGAUGACGAGAGCUACACUUUCCGGUGAAGCAGAAGCAUUUCUCUUAAAAAAUAUUUCCUCCUCCUCCGCUGGACUCUUCGUCCCCUUUUAUUCAUUGCUCUGUGCUGUUUAUCUCUCCCUGCCCUGAGGGACAGACCCCUUUAUCCUUCACUGGAUACGAGUUGAACCAAAUGAGACAUGAGAAGCUAUUUAUAAUGAGCCGUAUUUUACAACUGUGAUUCAUUCACAAAAUGCAAUGAGCUGCAGAGAAUUCCAUGUCAUUUAACAUUCGUAAGGACUUUUAACAUAAUUAAGCUUGAUUUUCUAGACUUUUGUUUGGAUUAUAAUUACUUCCCACGUAUAACUUAAUUUAUCCUGGGCAUUUACUAGUUUUCAUUAGUCAUAUGUUCACAUCUCUGUUAAUUGUGUUGUUGGAUUAGCAUUUGAAAUUUUAAUAAUCAUGGUGUUUGUCAAGCUUCUCUAUAUUCACCUGUUUGCGGUCAUUUUGUUUAGAUUUAAAAAUGUGUUUAAAUAAACUCUUGAAAAGAAAAA